CCGAAAGCUACACACAUGUUCCACCGUUACCUCACAGAGCCAGACAGCCGGCCCACUGCGGUGUGCCACCCGUUUUCAUUGGCAGAAUAAAUCACCCUCAGGAUGCGUAAUGAAUAAAUGGAAAUAGUCAGAAGGAGGCAACGCUGUACAGGUAAUGUAGUGGGCAGCCCCGAAUCUGUCCCCUUCGCAACUAAGGAUACUCGGCGAAAGAGCUCCGACUGAACAGUACACAUUGUAGGCGGCAGUAUCCUGGGAGGUCGGAUCACAUAAGGAUGUCUGUACCGGCAGCAAGAAUGGUGCGGCUUGCUGCGAUAUCGUUGUGUCUUGCUGUGGUCCGUGGCUUUCCUCCACAAACAACAACAUCCGUCGUGGAUUCGGACAUCACCCAGACCUUUGAGGCUAAUUUGGCUCAGGACCAUGCGACACUGAACGACAUGUUUAGGGAGGUGGAGAAGCUGAUGGAAGACACUCAGCAAAAACUGGAGGAGGCGGUGUACCAGAUGGACAAUGAGAGUGCCAAAUCAAUUGUGUAUGCGCAUGACCUUCCUCCCAAUUACCACGACGAGAGCAGCACAGAGAGGAUGGUUGGAAAUCAAUCUGUCCACACUGUGGAGAAGAUCGACAAGGUAACAGACAACAGAACAGGAGAAACCCACUUCUCCAGAACUCUGAUCCAGUCCAGCAGCCAAGGGAACGAAAUCCAGCAUGAAUGCAUCAUCGAUGAGGACUGUGAAAGAGACCGCUACUGCCUCUACGAGACCCUGCGGUCCAGGUGUCUGCCCUGCAAGGCCCUUGACAUGCCCUGCACAAAAGAUGAAGAGUGCUGUGCAGGAGAGCUGUGUGUGUGGGGCCAGUGCUCUGAGAAUGCCACCAAGGGAGAUCCAGGCAGCAUCUGUCAAUACCAGAGUGACUGCAACACAGAACUCUGUUGUGCCUUCCACAAAGCUCUCCUCUUUCCUGUGUGCACUGCCAUGCCCAUAGAGAGGGAGCGUUGCCAUACUCACUCCAACAGCCUGAUGGAACUGCUUUCCUGGGACAUGGAGGGCGAGGGACCCCGCGAGCACUGCCCCUGUGCCGGGGGACUCCAGUGUCUGCCCCAUGGGCGGGGCUCCUUGUGUCAAAGACCCCAGAAUUCCUCCAGUGAAGAAGACUUGACUGAUGCACUUUAUUCUGAGAUUGAUUACAUUGUCUAAUGCAUGCAGCUCAACCCAAAGUGGCAUGCAGAGUUUUUAACCCAACACGCCAAACCAUCUGACCAGCUCCCCCUGUAAAACAUAAGAGUGCCUUGUUCAAUGAUGCACUCCUCAGCCUCAUGUUAAAUGCUCCCCUUUAAAGUAAAUAAUUCCCAGUCCUUCACUAAGCCACAAUGAAUUGCUUUGCAAUUGUGUACAGUGUGCUUGAGCAUUCAUGCUGAAAUGCUACUCCGGGCUCUUGUGUCUUGACCAAAGCUGUGCGUUUUGCUUAUAAACUGUGCAUGAAUUCAUUUUUCCUUGAGUCGAUUUUUCACUUUUGGGGACAAAUAAAGCAAUUGAUGAGCACAAUAUAGCUUUAUGGUACUGUUACUGUAAGCUGAUGUAAUUGUAUUAAAUGUACUCUUGGGUUUUCAAGGGACUGAGAACCAACAAUGUGUUAUGACAAUAUCCCUAUUGUUCCAACUAAAAAUGGCCUCCAUUCAACAAAGCUCUGUCCUCAAACAGCAACAUCCAGGGACCAAACAUGGCCCUCUGUAGCACAGUCGCUGCUAGUGCAACU